AUGGCUUUCGUAGAUAACAAGGCGUCUUCCUCAAAAUCAGCCCCUGGAGCCAAGGGCAAAGGCAAACCCGCUCAACCUAGAUUGAAGACUAAUCAAGCUAAGAGAUUGAAGAUCGAUGAAGAGCUGAAGGAGCUCCAAGCAAAAGUGGAUAGUUGGAUACCUCCUGCCGAGAUCACUUUGUUCAAUGAGCUACCUCUUUCUUCCCGUACUCUGAAAGGUCUCAAAAGUAGUCAUUUCCUCAACCCUACACCUAUCCAACAACUGGCCAUUCCCCCUGCGCUCCGUGGUCAAGAUCUUCUUGGUUCAGCCAAAACCGGAUCAGGUAAAACCCUUGCCUUCAUCAUACCAAUGUUAGAAAGAUUAUAUCUAGAUAAAUGGGGUCCGAUGGAUGGUCUGGGAGCAGUCGUCAUAUCACCUACAAGGGAAUUGGCCGUACAGACUUUCAAUCAACUGAGGGAUAUAGGAAAAUAUCAUAAUUUCUCAGCUGGUUUGGUCAUAGGUGGUAAACCACUCAAAGAGGAGCAAGAGAGGUUGGGAAGGAUGAAUAUCCUUAUUGCUACUCCUGGUAGAUUGCUGCAGCAUUUGGAUAGUACUGUCGGAUUCGAAUCUUCAGGUGUAAAAGUUUUGGUGUUGGACGAAGCGGAUAGAUUACUUGAUUUGGGAUUUCUUCCAGCCCUGAGAGCGAUCAUAGGCCAUUUCUCCCCUGGUAUUUCUACUUCGAACCCUUCUACCAGACCCUCACGUCAGACACUGUUGUUUUCGGCCACUCAAACGAAAGAUCUAGCUGCAUUGGCUAAAUUAUCGUUAUAUCAACCUGAAUAUAUCAAUUGUAAUAAAGCUGGUGAAGAGGGCGUGGUACCUUCCAACCUGGAACAAUACUAUGCUGUGGUCGGACUGGAGAGGAAGCUAGAUACGUUAUGGGGAUUUGUGAAGAGUCAUUUGAAGAUGAAAGGAAUUGUUUUUGUUACUUCUGGAAAACAGGUCCGAUUUAUCUUCGAAACCUUCAAAAGACUUCAUCCCGGUCUACCAUUAAUGCAUCUCCACGGAAAACAAAAGCAAGCCACGCGUCUAACGAUCUUCCAGAAAUACUCUAGUUCCAAACAUGCCUUGUUGAUCUGUACCGACGUUGCUGCUCGAGGUUUGGAUUUCCCCGCAGUAGAUUGGGUAAUACAAUUAGAUUGUCCAGACGAUGUCGAUACGUAUAUCCACAGAAUUGGACGAACGGCACGAUAUCAAGCUGGAGGACAUGCGUUGACGUUAUUGUGUCCCAGCGAGGAGCAAGGAAUGUUAGAUAGGUUCAAAGAGAAGAUGUUGGAUGUGAAGAAGAUUAAGAUCAAACAGAGUAAAAUGGGUAAUCUGAAACAGCAAAUGCAAAAUUUCGCUUUUAGAGAACCUGAAAUCAAGUAUCUAGGUCAAAGGGCAUUCAUCUCGUACAUGAAAUCGGUUCAUAUCCAAAAAGAUAAAUCUGUUUUCAAAUUAUCAGAGUUACCCGCCGAAGCUUUUGCGGAGAGCAUGGGAUUACCUGGUGCACCCCAGAUCAAAUUUGCGGAGCAGAAAGCUUCGAAAGUCCGAGGUGGUCAAAAGAAGGAUGAGAAUGAGAAGAAGGAUGAGGAUGAAGUGAGGGUGGAGGAGAGAGGUGUGGUGGGAAGUGAUGACGAGUCUGAUGAGGAUGAAGAGGAGAUAAGUGACGAAGGAAGUGAUGAAGAUGAAGAGGAGGAUGUUGACGCAGGGGAUAAAGUUGAAGAUGAGAGUGAGAGUGAGAGUGAUUCAUCGUCCUUUGACAAACCUAAAUCCGCUCCAGCAGUCCGAACAAAAUACGAUAGAAUGUUUGAGCGAAAGAACCAAUCUAUUCUCACUCCCCAUUAUACCGCGCUGGUCUCUCAUGGCGAAGCCGAAAAUGAAGAAGAGGGGGAUGACGAUGUGUUUACGUUGGCAAGGAAGAAUCAUAAUUUGUCGGAUGAUGAUGAUGAAGGAUCGGAUGGUGAAUUACUCAAAGUGGCAGAAGGUAAAGAUACCACUGCAAUCACUGGUUUAGUGAAGGGAUCAGAGAAACCUUUGAUAAGCUCAGAAGAUCUAUCAAAGAGGAAAUUGAAAGCUGCCACCUCUAAAAAAUCGAAAUUGAAGACUGGGGUUACAGGAGAGAAAUUGAUUUUCGAUGAAGUUACAGGAGAAUCUAGGAAUUUCUAUGAGACUGGUAAAGAUGUUGAGAACCAAUUCAUGUCAGAAGCUAAACGAAGGGAGUACUUGGAAGAACAGAGGGAGAAAAUGAAAGUUGCUAAUGAGGUUGAUAAGCUCGUGGCAAAGGAGAAGAGGAAUGAAUUGAAGAGGAAGAGGAAAGAGAGGGAGAGAGAGAUGCGUAAAGAGUAUAUGUCUGACGAAGAUGCCGAUGGACCUGUGGCGUAUAUAGGAGGAGCAGACUAUGGUGAUAAUUCGGAUAUCGACGAGCGCUCGCCCUCACCUUCACCUGAACCUGAAGUCGAAGUUAGGAAUAAGAAAAAGAGAAAGAACAAAUUCAAACCUGAGGCUGAAGAAGGACAUGAUAGUAAAGGAAGGUUAGAGGAUGAUGAAGAAUUGGCUUUGAGGUUGUUACAAGGUUCUUAA